CUGUCUAGCUUUAUAUUAUAUUUAUGACGCAUGAUGAAAAGUUGUCAUACAAAUCAUAAUUUUAAUUUCACGUGACUUGCAUGAACAUGUUUUAACACGCAUGUAUUGUGCUGUUGAGAGAACACUAAUGCUGUAACAUGAGUGUUUUGAUGCGAUUAAUGGAUAUGGACGGAGAAGAUGUCAUAGGUUUGAUGUCUUCUUGAUGAUUCUGGUGUUUUUAGCUCGUCGUGAUUGUCGGAUUUGUGUAAUAGAGAUAUGUAAUCGUGUCUGUGUUUGACAAGCACGACCAUUUAAAUAUUAACUAAGGGAAAGGCGCGACGAAAAUGUCUGAAUAAGUUCAUGAAAUUAGAAACGAAAGAUAAGAGGGUUUUAAAGGCAGAAAUAGAGGCUCAGGAUGCUAAGCGAUUGUUAGCCUGCUGCUAACGCUUCCUUCAUUUUUCUCCGGCGCAUAAGAGCUUAACAGCUAAUAAAUCAAUCAUCAUCACAACACUAACAAUCUAUCGGAACUUAUAAGGAUAAGGGAAAGCAGACUAGAUAACCAGAAAGUUGUGUAUUCAACGUUUUGUUGUGUUUGGCUCAAGCUGCUAGGUUUACUGUCAUCACAUUAGCUAGCCAGAAAGCAUUGAGGAAUUUGAGCACAGUAUUAUGCAAAAGAAGAUGAAAAUACCCAAGAUGUCGAACAGGAACACAGUGGAGAAUCACUUUGGCGAGGAGAGAAUGCCCCUAAGACAUAAAAAGGUCCAGUCACAGGAACAGCAGCGGCCCAGUUCCAACUCCUCAAAGAGCCUGGCUGCGGUGGUGGCGCGGCUGGAGAGGAACGCAGUCAACUCGUGCACGGAGGGAGAGGAGCUGGACAGACUCACCACAGAGGAAGAGGAAGAGCAGGACGAGGCCGUGGUGCCCCGUGUCCUGUACGAGGAGCUGGUGCACAGCUACCGGCAGCAGGAGGAAGAAAUGAGACGUCUGCAGCAGGAACUGGAGCGCACACGCAGGCAGCUGCUGCAGCAGGCCAAAAAGCUGAAGGAGUACGGCAGUCUGCUGACCGAAGUCAAGGAGCUCCGGGAUUUCAACCGACGCCUGCAGGACGUCCUGCUCAUGAGGCUUGGCAGCGAACCGAUGCAUGACAAUGGCACACAGACAAUCAAAGCAGAGGUGGUAGAGCCGAUCAGUGAACCACAGGAGACGUGUCAAGAGGAAGCCAACACUAGCUCCACCCACUCCCACUCCCCAUCCCCGAGAACCGUCUACACCUUCAAUGAUGGAAAAGUGCACUUGGGUGGAGGGAUUUGGGUGGAGGAGGAGAAGUGGCACCAGCUACAGCGGACACAGGGAGACUCGAAAUUCACCAAAAACCUGGCGGUGAUGAUCUGGGGCACGGAAACCCUGAAGAACCGCAGCGUCACUGGCGUCGCUACGAAGAAAAAGAAAGAUGCCUUGCCCAAACCACCACUCUCACCAAGCAAGCUCAAAAUCGUCCGAGAGUGUCUGUACGACCGCGUGUCUCAAGAAACAGCCGACAGCGCAGAGAUCACCCAGCGAUUAUCCAAAGUGAACAAAUACAUCUGCGAAAAGAUUAUGGAUAUCAACAAAUCUAUCAAGAACGAGGAACGGCGAGAGUCCAAGCUUCUCAUCCAACAGACAGUGAAGAUGGAGAACUUCCCCUAUGACGGCCUGUAGGGGGCGCUAAAGUUGUCACCAUAGCUCAUUCUACUCCUCAAGGACUUCUGGUGGAGAAGGUGCACGUAAUCACCGGCGCUGCCAAUUGAGAUUUCCACUGAUGCCCCUCUCAGUCUUUUCCUCUCGCAGACCCUGUUUUACAACCUGUCUGACAGUUUUACCUCGCUCCACACUGCCUUAGCAUUCCUGUGUGCAUUCUGUGAGUGAAUGGGGCGGGUUUUUGUAAGCUUUGAAGGGGAUCUCGGGGUGGGUCAGAUGUUACGCGUGAUAGACAGGAGCGAUCCUUUAAAUCGUGUGCGAGUAAAAUGUGUUUGGCACAUCAGCUUGUGUUCUGUGUCAGAACAUGUCCUAAAGUACUAAAGAGGUUUCCCUUGUCAUAAAUGCUGGCUUAGAGUCGGAGUCUUAAGGGGAGGUAGGUCACUUCAGUGGGACCAUCUGCUAAAGGUACUUAACAUAAAGAGUUGCACUUUUAAACAGGGUCACACCCUGCGUCGUCUUAAUGAACGAUUGAUUUAAUUAAUCAAUCUAGGCCUAAUUGCUCCUGUUAAUUGCUUUCCUGAGAUGACUACUGAUGGUCCGUUCUUGUUUUUGAUGGUUGUUAGGGGUGAAGAGGUCCCAUGUAGUUGGUGAUUCUGGAAGACGGAUUAACGGUGUUUCUUUGGAGUCCCAUCCAGGUGAAUAAAUAUUUGUUUAAAGUUCAAUUUAGACUUGUUUUCGCUUUUAGGCGAUAGUCCUGUUGGGAAAUUCUUGCACGUUCGGAAGUCAUAAUUACGAUGGCAUGUUUUUAAAGGAUUUAUACUACGCUUCAAAAGUUUAGGGUCGGUAGUUUUUUUUUUAUUUUAUUACGUUUUUGAAAGAAGUCUCUUAUGCUCACCAAGG